CAUGACCCUGGAUGCACCUUUGAUUCUUGACGUGUUCGUUGAUGAUGCCUGGGCCUACUCAGCAGGAGGAAGACAGGAAGUCGAGGAAGGAACUGAGAAAACUACAGAGAGAAGCGGAAAAAUUGAAGGUUCAGGAAGUCGAAAACGACCAGAAAGACCUAGUUGUUUCUGUAUCUGGUGAUGGUGGGAUAAUGGCUACUAUCGAAUCGUAUGGUGUUCUUCCACUUCACCAAUCUCAGUUCACAGAAGGCCCUAAGUACAUUGAAUUGAGAGAUUUGUCAGAUGAGUCUUACGUUGGUAAACAUGUGUGGGUUCGUGGUCGUCUCCACAGGAGUCGAAUGAAAGGCAAACUGUGCUUCUUCAUCCUACGACUUCAAGAUUAUAAGGUACAAAACGUAUUGUCUGUUGGAGAGCGUACUCCGAAAGAAAUGUUGGCUUUCGUCUCAAGCAUUUCUAAAGAAUCAGUUAUUGAUGUUUUCGGACAAGUUCUAAAAAGUCCAGUUCUCAUUGAAGGUUGCAAUCCAGGCACAAUUGAAAUCCAUUGUGAAAAGGUUUUUGUUGUGAGUUCUGCGCUCGCGACUCUACCUUUGCAAAUUGAAGAUGCGAUGAGAGCAGAUGAUGAUGAGACGACAUUGAGUCGAGUCAAUCAGGAUACUCGUUUGGAUAACAGAUGCAUUGAUCUCCGUACCCCAGUAAACCAGGCUAUUUAUCGAGUUGAAGCUGGUGUAGUACGUUUCUUUAUGGAAUACCUUACGAAAGCUGGGUUUGUGAAUAUACAUACUCCCAAAAUGAUUUCAGCGGCUUCUGAAGGCGGUGCUAACGUAUUCAAAGUAUCCUAUUUCUCUGGGAGUGCAUAUCUUGCUCAGUCACCUCAGCUGUAUAAGCAAAUGGCCAUAGCUGCUGACUUUGAAAGGGUAUUCACAGUCGGUGCGGUAUUUCGUGCGGAAGAUUCCAACACUCAUCGACAUCUGACAGAAUUCGUUGGUUUGGACCUGGAAAUGGCUUUCAAAAAUCACUACCAUGAAGUAGUCGAUUUAAUUGCAGAUAUGUUCGUCAAUAUGUUCAGAGGACUGCAACGCGAAUACCAAACUGAAAUUCAAACAAUAUGUCAGCAAUAUCAUUCUGAGCCUUUCGAAUUCUUAGAACCCACGUUGCGCUUACAGUAUCAAGAAGGUAUUCGUAUGUUACAAGAUGCCGGUUGGGAGAUUGGUGAUUUAGAUGAUUUGAGCACACCUGCUGAAAAGUUUCUCGGAAAACUGGUUAAAGAGAAGUAUCAUACGGAUUUUUAUAUUCUCGAUAAGUUCCCGCUCGAUAUUCGCGCCUUCUAUACUAUGCCACAUCCUACCGAUAAGGUAUGUUAAUAAUGUUUAAGUUGUGUAAUUGCAAUAGAAGUUUCGUUCAACAUUUUUAAUUGCCAUUACUCAUCAGUUUCAGUCUAUCCUCGUGCUGACUCAAAGCGUUUCCUGUUGAGGUGCUAUUGUUGGGGGGAUUCGCACUAAUAGCAAAGCUAAUUACAUGUACCUAAAUUUGGCGUUUUCUUGUCCAUACGAAUAGCCAUCGUUUGGAAUCUCUUUCAUGCUGGGCGUCGAAAUCAGCAUUCAUGUAUGCCAAAUGAAAAUAUUAUUCAAACUUGUAAUACGAUUGUUAUAGAUUUUUCUCGCGGCUUUUAAGCUCUGUUUUAUAUAGUCUUCUUGUAUUUAUUAUUCACUUGUUACGAAGCCCUUUUUUCCUGAUGCUUUUGUUCUUCAGCUAAAUGCAUAUGAUGAAUUCUGUUAACUUUAAAAACUGGCAAUUACUUUGUCUUUCUGUUAUUCAGUUACUUAGACUUGAUUUUCGGAUAUAUUGUGUUAAAUACGUAGACCACUCAGUUCGGUCUGCACACGUCGGUAGAGUCUUUAUGGAUCUUUAUGCAGUAUAUGAAACGUGGUUUUUGUUGAUGGUAAUUUGCAUCUAGUAUUUGCUUUCAUGGAAUAGGCAUGGUUUACAGUAUGGUAUCAUGUGUACAUAUUUAUAGAAGUAAUCAUGCUUUCUGCUGACUUACCCCAUCUGCAUAAGUGGUUUUCAAGCGUUCACAGUGGUUUUGAUAUUUUUUUAAAAACUGGUGGUCAUCUAUGAUAAAAUGUUGCACUUUUUUCUUCAUAUCAAAUAGAAUUAUUCUAAUUCGUAUGACUUUUUCAUGCGCGGAGAAGAAAUAAUGUCUGGUGCACAACGUAUCCAUGAUGCAACUCUUCUAACUGAACGCGCUAAACACCAUGGAGUUGGUAAGAUAAUAUCAUUUUAUUGUUGAGUAUAUUUCAAAUUGAAUUUUUAAUGCAUGUAAUAUUAAUUCCAUACGCAUCACUGUACCUAUUACUCGUCACCAUCAGCAUAAGAUCAUUAAAAGUUAUAUUGAAAGCCACAAACAUUGCCUAUUCGAGAGAAGACAAUGGGGAAAAAUUGAUAUUUGGUAUCAUGAUUUAGAUGGGGAUAAGCAGUGAAUGCACGUGCCACACGACGAUCGAAUUUCAACCACGUCGCAUAAGGUGUAAAAUAUGGGGUCAUCUGCUUGAUUCUGUGGCAAACCCAGACUGGAAAGGUCAUAUUUCCAUACAUAACAGACUGAUGGUAUUAAACUGUAUAGAUUGUUUUUUGCCUUUCUUAUAUUCACUCGGACGUUUUCCAAUCUAAUCCUACUUCAGCCAACAUAGUAUAUUGAGAUGGAUGGUAAUUCAUCAUGUGUAGCACCACCUAGUCACCUGAAUCAAAAACUGUUCCUGAAGUCAUCAAUUGCCUUACCUCUUAUGUGAAACUUCAAUGUCUACAUUGUUCACGUAGUGGUUCUAUAACAUUGAUUGUACUACAUAGCUCAGUGUGGUCAAAUAUCUUUGGUCUUUUAUGUUCAUUACCUUCAGUGGCUGUUUCAUGACCAUAUAUUAUCAAUAUUUCAAUCCAUCAGAGUACUGGUACUCAUAUGUUAGGCUGUUAGCUACAAAUACUGUGUGUUAACGCGCUUGAUACUACUCAUUUGACCAAGUUAAAGUAAAUGGAGAUGGGUUUGAACCUGGGACCAUACAUCAUUAUACAUUUAGAAAAUACAGACUUGCCAUUUUGGACAUUAUGUUCAGAGAAUUCAGGAUUUUAUCAAUAUCUUUGUUUAAUAGGAUUAUGUCAUCCAGAUAAUUUAAGUCAGUUAGGGUAUUUGCUAGCUGUAACUCAAUCUUUGAGAAGUCGAAUUUCUAUUUUGUAUAAAAAUAUGCAUCAUUAUGCCACGGGAUUACAGUAUACCCGGUUCACAAUCAUGGUAACAUACUGUGUUAGUAUCCCCUUUCUCCCUUGUACUUUCAUAUAAAUUUUCCGAUUUUUCCUUAUAGGUUUAGCCAUUCUAAUUCCUCCCCGCUUUCCAAGUUCUAUAUUGAUACCUUAUCCACUGUGAAACCGAACCAGCUUUUAAUCACACUCGGUUCAUGGUAUGAUUUCUUGAUAUCAGGGUUGUGUGUUCUGUGUUCCAUGCUGUACUCAAAACCACUCCCAUAUGAGCAUUGUUGUUUGGUUAUCAUAGUUUGUUUAACAGAAAAAUUAAUGCAGCCUUAUGGUUACAUACUUUUUUGUUUUUAACAAGAACUACGCACAUAUGUUUGUUGAUGCUCACCUAUUUCAUUAGUACUUAAAGUUCCUCAUACAGCUGUUAAUAUGAAGCAAACCACUGCUGGUCUUUAUUUUAUACAGUGUGUAUUUUGUGACAUGUAUGGAUUUCUUUUGAAAUAUCGUUUACUUCUGUUUGACAUUUUCAACAGUCUCAUUGUAUUCGAUUUUUACUUACCUUAUUAUUAUUAUCUUUUCCCUUGGGUUCCUAGUGGAACAUAGGGCUUCAGUAGCACUUCUCUAUUCCACUCUGUUCUCUGCAGUCUUUUCAACCUAGCGCCACAACCGCCCACAAGCUUUCAUUUCUUCCUCACACGAUCUCCAUAUCACCCUCACCUCGGACGCCCGACUCGUCGUUUCCCCUUUGGAUUCCACUCGAGGGUCUGGCCUGUUGCCUGAUGUCCCCAGUCAGCCUUCUCAGUGUAUGCCCAAUCCAAUCCAUCUCUACUUUCUGCUUCUGCAUAUUUGUUGGGUGAUAGGUUGUCGGUUGGUUCGUUGCCAGCCAGCCAGUCAGCCAGAAUUCCUUUUUGCUUUUUCUUUCUGACCAUCUGAUCUUCAGUAUCGAGCCAACGUAGGUGUCAGCUGUUGAUGAAUGUCUGUAGUUUGUUGGAAAUGCUUUUUGUGACACUCCAAGUUUUUGAACGAUAUAGCAGCACUGACUUGACAUUAGUGCUGAAAAUCCGAAUGUUGUUCUUUGUGCUGAGUGAAGUACAGUAGGUCUCUAUACAUACUGAUUUCAGAUUAGUGAAAGCCUGUCUUGCUGUCUUUCCGAUCCUGGUUUUGAUAUCCUCGUCCGUACCGCCGCCUGUAGUUAGAACGAUGACAUUAGUGCUGAAAAUCCGAAUGUUGUUCUUUGUGCUGAGUGAAGUACAGUAGGUCUCUAUACAUACUGAUUUCAGAUUAGUGAAAGCCUGUCUUGCUGUCUUUCCGAUCCUGGUUUUGAUAUCCUCGUCCGUACCGCCGCCUGUAGUUAGAACGAUGGUAAUGAUAAUUUACUAGCUUGAAAAUCUUUAAGGGUAGUCUUUUGGAAGUAUAUUUAUGUAUAUAAUGUAGUAUUACAGCUUAUUAGUUCUGUUCGCUCAUAGAAUAUAUCCUCUUUUUUUGUUACAGAUGUAGAAAAGAUUAAAGCAUAUAUCGAUGCUUUUCGUUACGGAUGUCCACCUCAUGCUGGUGGUGGGAUUGGUCUUGAACGAGUAACUAUGCUGUUCCUUGGACUUGAUAAUAUCAGGAAAACAUCCAUGUUCCCACGUGAUCCAAAGCGAUUGACUCCUUGAUUUUUGCCGCUUUUUGUUAUUUAAUACAUUUUGGUUAUAUUUCUUAUGGUUCAUUCUUGCCAAUAUUAGUGAUCUUAAAAGAUGAAUAUAUGUGUUUUGUAUUAAGUAUAAUUAGACCGUUACUUUGCUGUGUUAACAGUAACCACGUUUGUCAUAUUUUUGGAUUUGGGUUUAUGGCUAGUUAUCUGGGUACUGAAUAAAUCAUUUUGGAGUUUUCUUC